AUGCACGACGAGGAGAGCGACGGGCGGAUCGUCAUUCCGGGCCCCCUGGGACCGGAGCACGGCGUGACGGUGAUGAUUGACAACUACGAUAGCUUUACAUUCAAUGUGGCGCAGUACCUCGUGGCGCGCGGCGCGAACCUCGUCAUCUUUCGGAACGACAAGGUGACCCUCGAGACGAUCGAGCGCCUGGAGCCGGUGAACCUCGUGAUCAGCCCGGGGCCUGGCCACCCGCUCGAGGACGCGGGCAUCUCGACGGCGUGUAUCCAGCACUUUGUGGGCAAGAUCCCGAUCCUGGGUAUCUGCAUGGGCCUGCAGUGCAUGGUCGCCGGCCUCGGCGGCAUCGUCGAGUACGCCGGCGAAAUUUUUCACGGCAAGACGUCGGCCAUUACGCACGACGGCAAGGGACUCUUUCGCGGCCUCGACUCGCCGAUCACGGGCACGCGCUACCACAGCCUCGCGGCGCGCAUCACGGCGCUGCCGGAAUGCCUCGAGGCGACGGCGCACGUCGACAGCGGCGUGAUUAUGGGCGUCCGCCACAAGGAGUACACGAUGGAGGCGGUGCAGUACCACCCAGAGAGCAUCAUCUCGGAGCACGGAAAAGAUAUGCUCGGCAACUUUUUGUCGUGGCGGGGGGGUUCGUGGUCCGCGAACCCGUCUGCAGGUGUCGCGGCGGCGUCGCUGGCCAAAGAGACGAUCCUCGAGCGCAUCUACAAGCAGCGCAAGCUCGACGUCGCGGCCGCACGCGCGCUUCCGGGCCGCUCGCUCGCGGACCUCGAGGCGUCGCUUGCCUUGCACCUCGACCCUGCGCUCGUCGCUUUUCCGGAGCGCCUGCUGCGUGGCGCGGAAAAGACGGUCGGCGUGAUGGCGGAAAUGAAGCGCGCGAGUCCGUCCAAGGGCGAUAUUGAUAUCGCGGCGCACGCCGGCGCACAGGCGCUCGCGUACGCGCGCGCGGGUGCGAAUGUAAUUAGCGUGCUCACCGAGCCGACCUGGUUCAAAGGCUCGCUCGAGGACCUGGCGCUCGCACGCCAGGCCGUCGCGCGCCUCGCGGACCGCCCGGCGAUCCUGCGCAAGGACUUUGUCGUGGACGUAUACCAAAUCGCCGAGGCGCGUCUCGCGGGUGCGGAUACGGUGCUGCUCAUUGUCGCGAUGCUCGACGACGCAACGCUGUGCACGCUCUACAACUACUCGAUGAGCCUCGGCAUGGACCCACUUGUCGAGGUCAACACGGCGGCGGAGAUGGAGCGUGCGCUCUUGCUGCGCCCCCGGGUGAUUGGCGUCAACAACCGCAACUUGCACACCUUUGAUGUGGACAUGUCGCGCACCUCGCAGCUGGCCAAGGCCGCGAUCGACCAAGGGACGAUCCUCGCGGCGCUCAGCGGCAUCCAAGGCCGCAAGGACGUCGAGGCGUACGAGGCGCAAGGCGUGCACGCGGUGCUCGUCGGCGAGGCGCUUAUGCGUGCCGCCGACAAGCGUACAUUCAUCGCCGACUUGCAGGGCCGCACGCCGAGCGCAGACGACGUGCCGCGCCGCCUCGUCAAGGUGUGUGGCCUCAAGACGCCGGAAGCGGCGGUGGCCGCGGCGGAUGCGGGCGCCGACCUGCUCGGCAUGAUCCUCGCCAAGGGCACCAAGCGCUCCGUCUCGCACGACGAGGCGCGUGCGAUUGUCGACGCGGUGCACCAGCGUGCGCCGCGCGAGGUCGCCGAGCCGCGGGUGGCGGCCGAGUGGUUCAGCUGGCACGCCCAGCGCCUCGCGGCGGCGGCCGCGCGCCGCCCGCUCGUCGUCGGUGUGUUCCGCGACCAGACCGUCGAGGAGAUUGCGCAGGCGGCGACCGCGCUGCAGCUCGAUGCGGUGCAGAUCCAUGGGCGUCUCGAGCCGGUGGACUGGGCGCGCUUCUUGCCGGGCGUCUUUGUACUGCGUGUCGUCCACGUCCCGGCGGACGUCACCGAGUGGAAGCGUGGGCAGCACCCUGCGCUCGACCAGGCGCUGCGCCCCAACUACCACCAUGCGAUCCUAUUGGAUACGGCCGGCGGUGGCGGAGCAGGCAAGGCGUUCUCGUGGGACGUUGCGCGCGCGAUUGCCGCGUCGGACGCCGUGACGAAGCUUGUCAAGACGCACGCGGUGGCCCCUACUCCCUUCUUCCUCGCAGGCGGCCUGACGCCUGAGAAUGUCGGCGAGGCGCUGCGCGAGUCGGGCGCGAUGGGUCUCGACACGAGCUCGGGCGUAGAGACCGACGGGGCCAAGGACGUGGAAAAAAUUCGCGCGUACGUUGCAAACGCGCGCAAGUAG